GAGAGAGAGAGAGAGAGAGAGAAGAGGAGGAAGAGGGAGAGGUUUUUCGAAAUAAAUAGCAAGGUGGAAAUUGGAAUAACAAUAGGGUUUUAAAUUUUAAUUUUACUCUUCUUCAGUCUUCCCAUAAUCCCAUUAUAGUUUAUACUAAAGGAGCUCAGAAGACUCUAGAACAACAACAUAAAAUAUCCACACUCACACCUAUAUAUAUACACACACAGUUAUAUAGAGAGAGGAGACCGAGAGAGAAAGAGUCAGAGAGAGAGAGAGAGAGAGAGAGAGAGAGAGAAUGGGGAGGCCAAGGUGUUUUCUGGACAUUAGCAUCGGAGGAGAACUCGAAGGGAGGAUAGUUGUUGAGCUUUACAACGACGUUGUUCCCAAAACCACCGACAAUUUCAGGGCUCUUUGUACUGGCGAGAAGGGCAUUGGUCCAAACACCGGUGUUCCUCUCCACUACAAGGGAGUCCAUUUUCAUCGAAUUAUCAAAGGCUUUAUGGUUCAAGGUGGGGACAUUUCUGCUGGAGAUGGUACUGGGGGAGAAUCUAUCUACGGUUUGAAAUUUGAAGAUGAGAAUUUUGAAUUGAAACAUGAGAGGAAAGGGAUGUUGUCAAUGGCAAACUCUGGUCCAAACACAAACGGGUCUCAAUUUUUCAUCACAACAACUCGGACUUCUCAUUUAGAUGGUAAACAUGUUGUUUUUGGGAAGGUAGUUAAAGGAAUGGGAGUUGUUCGAUCAAUUGAGCACGUGACAACUGGUGAUAGUGAUUAUCCGACUGUUGAUGUUGUUACUGCGGAUUGUGGAGAGAUUCCUGAGGGUGAAGAUGAUGGGAUAUCAAAUUUUUUCAAAGAUGGUGAUAUUUAUCCGGAUUGGCCAGCUGAUCUGGAUGAGAGCGCUAAUGAAAUCUCUUGGUGGAUGACUUCUGUGGACUCAAUUAAGGCCUUUGGUAACGAAUGUUACAAGAAACAAGACUAUAAGACAGCUCUUAGAAAAUAUCGAAAGGCUUUACGCUAUCUGGAUAUUUGCUGGGAGAAAGAUGGUAUUGAUGAAGAGAAGAGUUCAUCUUUGAGAAAGACAAAGUCGCAGAUUUUCACAAACAGCUCUGCAUGUAAGCUGAAAUUAGGAGACCUGAAAGGAGCAUUAUUGGACACGGACUUUGCAAUGCGUGAUGGAGAGAACAAUGUGAAAGCUCUGUUUCGCCAAGGUCAGGCAUACAUGGCCCUCAAUGACAUUGAUGCUGCAGUUGAAAGCUUCAAGAAGGCAUUGGAUUUGGAGCCCAAUGAUGCUGGAAUAAAAAAAGAGCUUGCUGCUACUAAGAAGAAGAUUGCUGAUAGACGCGAUCAGGAGAGAAAAGCAUAUCGCAAGAUGUUCCAAUAGCACUCGGCAGUCGAAUGGCUGCCCAUAAAUUUGGGAUUUCAGGAACGUAUUCAUAGUUAGAGUCAACUGGUUUAGGCUUUCUUUUGGUUAUUGUCUCUGAUUUUCUGCAGGGAGAUUCAGGCUGUCCAAUAUUAAAGGAGAAGCUGAUCCCUCCCAGGAUUAUGACUUAAAAAUUUGAGGCUUGAA